AUGAGCAAGAAAUCGGCGGGCUCAGACGUGGAAGCGUCAACGUCGAACUCGAGUAGUGCUUUGUAUGAUACGACUACUUCAAAAGGACAUCAUAGGCGAACAUCUUCACUAUGGGUGCCGCCAACAAGACCAAUCUUCUCAUCACCUACUCAGGUGAUCAAAGAGAAAGCCGAAAACGGUGGAAGAAUUCUAAAGGCACAUCCAGUGACUCGAUGGCUCUUCCCUAGUCAGCCGAUUCUUCCACAGCAACGACUUGUAGUCCCGAACAAUCAGAAAGAACCUCCUCCGCGAUACGAACAACCAAAUCGAAAAUACUGUGGCAACCGAAUAUCUACAACGAAGUACAGUGUACUCACAUUCAUUCCUAAAAACUUGUUCGAACAACUACAUCGAGCUGCAAACCUUUAUUUUAUCUUCAUUGUGAUCCUCAAUAUGAUUAUCGGUGCAUUUGGAAAGUACAUUUCUGUGAUGCCUAUUGCCUUUGUACUCGGCAUAACCGCUAUAAAAGAUGCCUUCGAAGACUAUCGCCGCUACAAAUCAGAUCAGAAAAUCAACCAUUCCACAUGUCGUGUGUGGGAUGCUAGUCAACAAAGGUAUCGAAAGCUCGAGUGGCAAAAUAUUUUAGUCGGUGAUUUUGUUCAUUUAUCUCAUGACGAAAUAAUUCCCGCGGAUAUUCUUCUGCUCCGAAGUAGUGACGUGAAUGGAGUUUGCUAUGUGGAAACAUGUAACCUCGACGGGGAAAGCAAUCUUAAACAGAGACAAGCAAUCCGAGCGAUGGGCAAAUAUCAUAACGCGAAUGUACCGUUAGAAUAUUCACCAGCUGAAUUCAAUUACAGAAUUGCCUGUGAACAACCAACAACCGAUGUCUAUAAAUUUGAAGGAAGAUUGGAAGCAAUGGAAGGUGGCCCACCAUUGGCUCGCGAGUUCACAAUUCUGGCAAAGGAAAAUGUUCUGUUGCGUGGUUGCGUGGUUAAGAACACAGAUUUUGUCGAGGGAAUUGUACUGUAUGCCGGAAAAGACACAAAAGCUAUGCUCAACAACAGCGGACCCAGAUAUAAACGAAGUUCACUAGAGAAGAUGACGAACAUAGAUAUUCUCUGGAGCGUGUGUACACUUCUUGCUCUUUGUGUGCUCGGAGCAGUUCUAUCUGGUGUCUGGCUCCGUAACUACUCAGCUCCAUAUACUGUUCCUUUUCUGGUUUUCAUCCCACCAAAUUCCACGUAUCACAACAACAACGACUCGCAAUAUAAAUAUAGUCCGUCAUAUGAGUCUUGGUUCAGCUUUUGGAGUUACAUAAUUGUCUUACAAGUCAUGAUCCCCAUUUCCUUGUACGUUUCAAUUGAGUUCAUCAAGAUAUUCCAAGUGUGGUUCAUGUCUCAGGACAGAAACAUGUAUUAUGAUAAAGUAGACAAAAGACUCCAAUGCAGAGCAUUGAACAUCACAGAGGAGCUGGGACAAAUUCAAUAUGUGAUGUCUGACAAAACGGGAACAUUAACAGAGAACCAGAUGGUGUUCAGAAGAUGCUCUGUCAACGGUAAUGAUUAUGGUGGUCGUCCAGUUCUCGAUGCAACUGAUUCCUCUCUCGAACUCGUCGCUUCUAACUUGCGGAGUAAUCAACCCACAGAAAAGAAACUACAGCUGGCAGCAUUGGCUGAAGCGGCUGCAAACACUGGUCGACUUCGUCCUUCCCGUGAUCCUACUCUAGAAUCGCACUUGGCUUCCAGUGUUCUGAAACAAGGGAGCGAUAUCGAUGAUCCCGUCUUUGCAUUCUUCCUGACGAUGGCUAUUUGUAACACUGUUGUCGUCAACGCCAAACCUCACGAAGAUUUGAUGGAUCCAGAUGGAGACAUUGUAAACAGUCGAUUUGCAACGGAGGAAGAUGCUCUAUCGCCAAAACGAGAAAGUAGUUCAGAGAGUAUCACGGGAAACAAGUAUCUUGCUGAUGUCGAAGAAGAGAGUUUAUCAUCAAAUGCUUCCACUCCAGUCGUUGCAGAAGAGAAGGUCGUCGACGAUGGUUUCGAAGAAAUUGAGCUGAUAGAAUUCCCAGAAGUUAAGGUUGAAGAUACACAACCAUCUGAUAAAGAUAUUGAAGUAAUCGAAAAGAAAGAUGACGAAAAAGAAGGAACCAACAAUUACAAUGGAGAACGGAAGGAAGGAAAAGGAUUUGGAAUACUUCAUCGACCAUCUAUUCUUUCCGUUCCAUUUGCCAAGUUGAAAGGAAUCAAAAGCCCGUUUCGCCGAUCUGUUGAUAAACGUUCCAGUUCAUCAGAGGUCAAUGCACCACCACCGCAUUCGUUUUACGAUUCUGAGUCACCAGACGAACUAGCCCUUGUGGAAGCUGCUAGAGAAUAUGGUGUUCGGUUGUUGAAGAGGCGGUUUGAUGAUGUCAUAGUAUAUUUACGUCACUCGACCAAAAGUGUGAAGUAUAAAGUAUUGCACACUCUUCCUUUCGAUGCUGAUCGGAAGCGUAUGUCGGUGAUUAUUCGAGAAGUUACAGGAAAAAAACGGAUAAUUGUUUUGACGAAAGGAGCAGAUGCAACUGUUCUGCCAGUAUUAAGCAAUGAAUUCUGUACAUCUACAAGAGGAGAAGAAGUUAUUUUCAAAGCCCAAGAACAUUUGACUCAAUACGCAAAAGAAGGUCUCAGAACAUUAUGCCUAUCGAUGAAAGUUUGGUCGGAAGAGGAAUAUGCGGAGUGGAAAGAAAAACACGAAGAAGCUGAACUUGAUAUGGUGGAUAAAGAUACUCUUCUUGUGGAGAGUACUCUUCGUGCUGAACAAGACUUGGAACUACUUGGAGUUACAGCAAUUGAAGACAGAUUGCAAGAUGGAGUACCAGAAUGCAUACAUUCUCUUCGAGAAGCUGGCAUCCGAGUUUGGGUUUUGACUGGAGAUAAAAUUGAGACAGCAGUGAACAUCGCAUACUCAUCAAGACUGUUCUCACCUUCUAUGGAUCUUCUCAAUAUAGGAGCAAAUGGAGUUAGAGCGAUUUCUGAUCUACUUGGAGAACAUUUGAAGAGAAUCGCAAGAGCACAAGAAGUAUCAGUCGAUGCUGUUGAUUCAUUUGGACUCGUUCUGAAUGCUGCCACGAUGAAUUAUUGUCUUGAUCCACACAACAUCGAUCGGUUUGUCAAACUUCUCCGUGGGUGUCGAUCGGUAUUAUGCUGUCGUGCAACCCCUCUUCAAAAAGCACAACUUGUGAAUCUGGCGAAGAACCAUCUAAAAGGAAAAGUACUUGCGAUUGGCGACGGAGCAAAUGAUGUCAGCAUGAUUCAAGGAGCUGAUGUAGGUGUCGGAUUAUCUGGACAAGAAGGAAUGCAAGCUGUGAUGUCUUCGGAUUUUGCUAUGGCUCGCUUCCGUUACUUGUCCAAUCUUCUAUUGAUUCAUGGACACUGGAAUUACUACCGUCUGGCACAGACUAUUCUUUAUUUCUUCUACAAAAACGCGAUGCUCGUAUUUGUCAUCUUCUGGUAUCAGAUAUUCAAUGGAUUCUCAGCUCAAGUUCCGAUCGAUCCUGUCUAUCUCAUGGUCUACAAUCUCAUAUUCACUUCGGUUCCACCACUUCUUUUUGGUUGUCUUGAUCAGGAUGCUAGUGCAGAGUUACUUCUAGACUGUCCCAAACUAUAUGAACAAGGUCGGCUCGGAAAACGGUAUAGGUGGUACUCGUUUUGGAUCAAUAUGCUGGAUGCUAUUUGGCAAAGUCUGGUUGUAUAUUUUAUAUGUUACUUUACAUAUCGUGGAAGUAAUGUAGAUAUGUGGACAUUUGGACAUCUUCUAGUCACUCAGCUGAUAAUUGUCAACACAUUUCAUCUGGCUCUGUUCGUUCAGUAUUGGACUUGGCCUAUGUUCUGGUCAAUGUUCCUUUCGGUGCUUUUAUUCUUCAUAUGUGCUCUUUUGUACAAUGGAUUUGUCACUGCGAACUGGACAUGGACUAACGUAAAAGAUCCACCAUCUAUGGUCUCUUUGAAAUCAUUCUCGAGCCUCGAGUUUUGGAUGGCUCUCGUGAUUUCCGUCAUUCUUUGUCUGACCCCACGAUAUGUGAUCACUGCUGUUGUUAAUACCGUUUCUCCAUCAACUACUCUUCGAACAAGGCUCGGCGCAGAAGACGGUAUUAAGAAGGCUGAAUCACGAUUCACGUCAUGUGCCGUUGGAUGUCUAUCAGCUCCAUUCAAGUGCGUGAGAUUAUGUUGUAAAAAGAAGGCGACAGCUCAACUCGAACAAGUUCAAUGA